CCGUGCUCCCCUCCCAAGCAACAUCCCACUACGUCACCGACCAUGGUCCGCCCAAAUUAAGGCGCAAACAGACAACUUAAAACCCAUUGGUUAUUGCUUCAACGCACCCAUUGCCGCGACACUGCAGAAAAUCUCGGCCAAUUGGCCUCGCCCGGCAACUUUUUCUGCGAGAAUCCGCUUAUCAACUCACCCCCAUUAGCUAAGACCAGAGAGAACACCAGAGAGAACACGGAAGGAUGGGUUUCGUCGCGGGCUUCGCAGGCGGCGUCACCCUGACCCUCUCCCUCACCUACCUCGCCCUCCUCACCCACACGAGCAACCGGCAGGCGCAGUCGGCCGUCCUCCGCUCGCAAGCCUCCGCCAUCGACGCCCUGAUCCCUCCAGAAGACGACCAUCUCGGUCGCCGCCGCCGCCGCAACGCCACUGUCCCCCUGCCCGACGGCACCUACCGCCCGCGCGAGAGCCUCGAGCAGUACCGCCGCGAUGCCGCAGCCGGCGGUGCGGGGCCGGGCGUGUCGUUCAUCGAGACGGCCAAGACCAGGUGGAACAGCGAGAUCCUGUCGGCGGUGCGCUGGGCGCAGAACAAGGACUGGAGCCGGGUGAGGGAGCAGGCCGAGGACAAGGUGGCCGCGCUGCUCGGGCUGGAGCUGUCGCGGGAGCCGGUCACGGUCGAGGAGGUGGUGGCCGUUUCUCCUCCUGCCGUGCGGCAGCAUCACUAUCAUUCAGAUCAGCAGCACCAGCCGCAGCUACACCCGCAGCACCAGCAGCAAGCCGAGCAUGAGGAGGCGGUGCGCCGAGCGAGAGAUUCGCUGCAUCACGCAAGGGACACGACUGUCGCGGUCGCGCAGGCCAUGAGGGACGAGGCGAGGGAGAUUGUUUCGGAGGCCCGGGAGGUCGUAGCGGCCGGGGUGCACGAAGCCAAGGGGGCUGUUGAGAAGGGUGUCGAGAAGGCUCACGACCUCGUCGAGAGGACGAAGGCGGCGGUUCACCUGGCCGAGGAAAGGGCAGAGUCGGAGGCCUACGCGAAGAUGCUGCCUGUGUCGGACAUCGAAAAGGCGCUAGCCGAGAGGUACGAUAGCGCCCGGCGGGAGGAGCGCAUGAAGAGGAGUGUGGAGGAGGUGCUGAGGGAAAGGUAUUUGCCCCUGGACAAGAGGGACAACUCGCGGUUGAGGGGGUUAUAGACAGCACCCUUGUGUCUUCCCAUGCACUGAGCAAGAGGCCAGAGCUAGAGCGGUGUGCUGCUGCGGAAGAUUCAACCGACAGCCAAAUCUCAGUUCCUCUUUUUUUUUUCCCUUAAAUAAUACCCAUUUAUUCAAAGAUCGAACAUCUC